GACAAUCAUCGAUCACCACAUCGACUCCCACCGAGGGGUCCUUGCAGAUCGCCGCUUCACCUGCUUUGCGACAGUUGUUGCAGACGUACCCAGAGUGGCGCGUGCUUGUUCGCAUGACUGGAGGUGGCCAUUUGAGCACCAUCCGGCUUGGCAUGGAUCCUUUGGACAUUCCUGGCCUUCAUCCGCCCAUAGUGAUGGCAGCUAUUCUGGAGGCAUCUCCAAUGGCUGCUCCACAUUUGCAUGUGGCCGAUCGCCCGGCAUGUGAGAUGAUCUCACAGGUCAAGGUUUGGUCAAAGGACAUGGAGCCAGCUGCAAGCUUUGACUUUGGCUGCUUCCACGAUGGCUUCUGGGAGGCCAUUCUUGAAGAUCCUCGACCUGGAUUUGAUGAAGCUUUGUUUGUGGAGGAUGUCUUGGUUGCCCUGACUGUCCAUCACCAAAGCACGUUCUCCUUGAGAGCCUUCAACACCCUGGGCCGUGAUGGUUUCAGUCCACAUCCGCUGUCUAGCGCACCGCUCAUCAACAAAGAGUUUGGAAAUGGAUUUCAUUUGAUCCGACAACAUUUGGGACGUCGUACACGUUAUUUGCGCUUGGCAUUUCAUGGGAAUGUGACGCUUCACGGAGUGGAAGCCUUUUGCAUAGAGUUGUUCCCUCUGCAGGGGCCAAUGCCACAGACCAUCCGCAGCGUUAUCAAAGUCUUCGAAGCGGAGCCUGCCAUUGCCAUCAAGCAAGACCAGAAAUACCAGACCUUCACCUACGGCACUUUGUGGAACGACCUGUCUUCCUUGGCACUGCAGUUGCGGCAACGCUUGGAUCUGGACCAGAUCAUCAAGCGUGGCGAGGACGUCGUGCUACUCGGCGACGGUCUGGCCGACCUUGGCGAUAAGUUUUGGGAAGACGUGCUUGCUGUCCUCUAUGACAAGGUGGACGAGCGCAGAAUCAACCUUGAGACCCUGAAGAAAAUCAUCAAGAACUUCGAUUCGGGUGGCAUUGUCUUCAAGUUGGCUGGCCAGCAACUCAAAGGACCCGGCAAUGGCGCAACUCGGCUUGAUUGGACUGCACUGGACAUGAACGCAGACGUGCUUUGGCCAGUGGCAGAAUGCUGGGUGGAAAUCUUUGACUUUGAGGGAUGUGGCAACAUCCCUCGCACAUUCCCUUUGAAGAUGGUUCAGUCGGAGGUGACAAAGUUCUGGCAGAUCAUGCUCCAAGAUGAUUUCCUUAGAGAUGGCCCAACCAAGACCAAGAUGUAUGCUGACAGUUGGGGGAUUCGAAAACUUAUCUCCCAUGCGCUGCGCAACUUGCGUCAAGAUAGGUCACCCCGGUCACGUGGAGUCCAGCACCUCAACAUGAUCUUCAUUCGGGCCUGGUAUUUCCAGACUCCUCAGCAACCGCCCCCUCCUGGUGUUGCUGCCAUUGCCGACGAUGAUGUGGUAUAUGGAGAUUCUGAGGAACCAGCAAGUCCGCUUGGGGAUGACACCCUCGAUGUGCUGAUGACUGUGGACUCGAUCCCUCUUGACCCUUCUGCUGUUGACACCUUGCCCUGCAACCUCCCUGGUGACUACUCUCCUGGCCCUUUGCCCGAGGCUCCAUCUUCUUCUUCGAGCUCUUUGUUGGACAUUGAUGCCAGAAUCGCAGAGCUGCAGCGGCGUUUGGCGAUGAAUCCUCCUAGAAGCGCUGCUGAGGUGGCCAAAGAUGCUGCAGCCCGUGAGAUCUUGGAGGUAGAGGACUCUCUGGUCUAUGAGCCUGACGGUGGUGCAGGCAAUCUACAUGCUGAUGGUGCCCCUUCGCACAUCGUUGAGAACAAGGAGAACUCUGAGAAACCUGGUGAUCCUGGGUGUGUGGAAGGGUCUUCUGCUGGGGAACAGGUAGAGUUACACCCUUCCUCUCCCCAGCCUGUCGCUGAAGUGGAGCCAAAGGAACUUGCCACCAAGAUGGAUGAAGAUAUUCCUCCAUCGCAGCCUCGGGAGGAUAUGGAGCCACCCCCUGCGGUCCCCGCUGUGGAGGACCCACAACACCACAUGCUUGAUGAACUGGUAGAGCGAAUUCUGACUAGGUCUCAACAGGAUGGGGCUAUGGGUGUGAAACCUAAGGGGCGCAAACCCAAUCCAAACAAAGAGCCCAAACGCAAGGCAGAGCCCAAACGCAAGGCACCCAAGAGCAGCAGCAAGUCAAAGGGUGAACCCAAGGCAAAGGCCAGCAGGCCCCGCAAGACCAAAGCCCAGCAAGAGCCUGAGGAACAUGAGCCUGUGAAACGCAACCUUUUCGAGGGUGAUGGUGAUGAUGCAAGUCACUGUGCCACUCCCGGAGAAAGUCCCCCACCAGAGGUACCCAUGCCCAGACGUGGCAAGAAGGCAUCGGCAAAGGCAGCGGCAAAGAAGGCAGCCCAGAGCCCCAAGGUUAAGAAACCCAGAAUGACUCCCAAGAAACGACCAGCAGCUCGAAAGACCCAAAACACAGCUGCCGCAGGCUCUGCAACAGAUCCCCAGGCUCCCGAAGCCCACCCUGCUCCCCCUGCUGUUCCUACUGGGAAGGGCAAGAGUGGACCCAAGCCCCGCAGGGCGACUGAGAAGCUCCCGACUUUCACCCACUGCAGCAUUGUCCCUUACUGGUCUCGUGAUGCUGUUGCUUUGAAAGUUCCAACGGGACAGGGCAAGUCAGGACUUACCCAGGUUUUCUAUCUCUCUGUGCCCAACAAGAAGACUGUCGACUUGGUGGGUCCCAUUGUCUUCAUUGCGAAGAUGGUCGAGGACGCCAGUGGGGAUUACAAUCAGCCUGAGAUCAGGCAGAAAUUCGUGGAGAUGAAGGAAGGUCUCAGGCACGCUGAGGGCAUCAUUGUAGCUGCCACAGUUUUACCUUGGAACAAGCUCCCGGCUGUGAAGCAGUGGAUCGACUGCUCUUCUCCGGAUGCCUCCUUGUUUGCCCGACUUGCGGGCCAACGUGACAAAGGAUUGGGUCAGUCUACGGCAUCUUUCGAUAUUGGAUUCCACCAGGAUCCAAAUGUCUUUGAUAUCAACUCCCCUGCUGGUAUGGUGCUCUCCGUCUAUGCUAUGCUCAACUCUCGAUUCGAUGAAGCUCUCGCAUCAGUGGGACUAUGUUGCUCUUCUUAUGUGGUGACCAGUCGUGGUUCAACCCAUAGAUCAUUUAUUACGCCGAUGGGAAAUGAGAAGUUCCUGAAGGUUAGGCUAUCCAACCAAAUGACUUCAAGGACCAUUCUCCUCUUGGUUCUCUUCACAGCAUGUGGAGGUGUUUGGGUAUUAGAGCAACCAGGAACGUCGAUUGUCACCAGGCAUAGGAGAUUUCGCUGGCUAGUGAGGAAGUUCAAUUCUUUGGGAUUGCGUGUAUUUGUGCAGCGCUUCUUCAUGAAGUACUGGGGGCAUGCUACACCGAAGCCUUCAGUUGUCUUUGGUAAUACCUCUGCCAUCAGAAUGCUUUUCCAUGGGAAAAUGACCAAAACUUCCCUCUCCACUAGCGUGAAGACCACGCGACGAUAUCACUCCAAAGAUGGAAAGCUUCGGUUUGCAGGGACAGCGCAGUUGAAAGGCACACAGGUGUAUCCUUGGCGCUAUGCGGCCAAGCUCAUGGAAAUUCACAAAGCAGCUGCAAUGGAGCCCGGCAAGGACUGUCUCCCUCCAGUUGACUCCACCACUGAGUUGACCCAUCUCUACUCUGCAUACCCUUGGCAUGAUCUUUGGCAAGAUGCGAAGAUUGCAGAAGCCAUUUCCUACGUCAGGGGCUCCAAGAAAUUGAGGCUCCCUCCUGAGUGGCGCAUGGUGCUCCCUCAAUCUCUCCCAGAAGAUAGUGAAAGUGAGGCUGAAAUUCUGCCGCAGUUGUUGGAUAGUGGGUAUUGCAAUGGGAAGCUUACCUUUGACAUUCCCAAGAACCCAAGAGCCAGUGCAAGCCAGGAGCUUCAGCAGCAGCGCAAAGCCUAUGUGGACCAAGUUUCCGAGCACUCACCGAACAGGGUUCUAAAGAAGCACCGGGUUAAUUUCAAAUCCCCUUCUGAUGCUACCUAUGGCGACAGUCAUCAAGGGCCACCUUCUCCUGCUCCAGAAGUCAGGAAAUCUUUGUUUUCCACCGAUGGGAAAAUGGAUGGUGAGGCCAACGAUGUCCAGGAUGCUUCUAUUUUCGGGGCAACAGGUGACUGUCCUGAGGAGGAUGCCUUGGUCAAGCGCAUGCGGGAAAGGAUGGAGGCACUGACUCUGGAAAACCGGGAGUUAGCCCAGGAAAAUGCAGCCAUGAGGGCUGAACUUGAGAACAGGAAGGUUCUUCAAACUGGGGAGCCUGAUCAACAAGAACCAGAAGGUGUUACUGAUGAAGCUGCCCGAAAGCGUUUGGAGAGAAUCUGUAAGCGCAGAGCUGAUGGGACCUUGACCGUGCCAGAAUCAAUCCAUGAUGCGUGGAAGAAGGGCGGGGAUACCAGGAACAAUCUCUUGAAAGCACUUACUGAAGCGAACUUCAAUAAGGAGGAAUUCGUGAAGAUGGUCAAGAUCCAAGAGGAGAACAAAGAGCAGGUGCAAUACAAGUGCUGGGCUGGCUGGGCAUCAGAGGAAAAGAUGAGGGACACGCUCAAGAUCAAAGAGACCAGGAUCACUGCAAUCAAGCAAUUCUGUGCCCAAAGGGAAGGUUUUGUGAAGCAUGAUCGAUAUGAAGGCAAACCCUUGUAUUGGGUUGAGGAGGAGAUCGAAGUGGAGUAUUUUAAGACUCUGAGUAGAUCCAGGAACGAGCAAUCCGAAUACCAAGUUGCGUCCACUGCUGAAUCGGUCUUUGGAGAAGCUGCAGAGCCUGUGCGCAUGGACAUGGGGCUGGCUGCAGGAGGCAUGCCAAGCAGUGCCCCUGCUGGACCCCAACAAGUUCCACAAAAACCAGGCCAAGCUGGUGGGAACCCUUUUCCCCCAGUUUUGAAAUCGGAGCUCCCAUCUGACCACAUCUUGAAGUACAUGGAGGGACUGACGAAGAAGUCUUUGAAGAUUUCGGAACUGAAGGCAAAGUAUGAAGCUAUCCCGGUUGGUGACCGAUCUGUGGCUCAUACUGGGUUCAUUGGAAAGUUGGAACUGAAGGUCAAGGACCUUGAUCAACUACAUGGUGAAAUCAACGAUGUUUAUGCGAGUGGUGCAGUUGAAGGCUAUGCUGACAAGCAUGAGGUGGACCUACGCGAACUGUACAAGAAGGCAAAACCGUUGCCCAACAAACCGGGUGCCAAGAUGCCUGCCAAAGCAAAGGCCAAGGCAAAGGCAGCACCAAAUUGUCCUGAUGAGGUUCAAGCGACCAAGUGCAAGGACAUGGCCUUCAGCACGCUCCAUGACAAGGGCAUCUACCUGAGCCAGUCGACGAAGAAUGUAUUGACCAAGGUCGCCAAUGCAAACCCGAACAAUGCGGAGAGGGACCUUCAUCGGCUGUUUCGUCGGGAAGAACUUAGUUUGCCUAUUGAAAUGAGUACCAAAGGAUUUGGUAUCCAAAAGGUCCAUUACCUCAGCCUUUUGACAUGGUGGAAAUUUCUUCUGAAGAGUUAUCCAAAGUUCGUCCUGGGAGGGUUUGACCGGGAAGAGAUUAGAUCCAACCGGAUGCUUCAGACUUUCUGGAAGCACUACAAGUCCAACCACGAUGACCAUGCUGUGUUUGACCUACACGAAACCCAAGGUCGACUUGGAAAGUGUGUGCCAUACUACCUGCACAUAGAUGAGGGCACUGGGCUUCGGCGCUCAGCGGUUCUAGUCAUCGCCAUGCAAACUGUGUUUGGGAGGGAAACUUCCAAAAUCUUUGGUGAGAACUUUUCAAAUUUCAUGGCUCAUUCACAGCAUGCACUUGAAGCUCGCAUGACAAGAGCGCAGUACCACAAUGCCAAAGGGUCUACGUACUUGACCAGAUUUCUUUGGACGGUGCUGCCCAAAAAAAGUUACUCACAGAAGAACACUCAUGUCUAUUGGGGAUUGCUGGAUCUCCUGGCGACUGAAUGCAAAAAAUUGAUGGAGGAAGGUGUUAGUGUUGGAGGAGAAACUUGGUUUCCAGUGUGCUUGGGCCUGAAAGGUGACCAGCCAGCUCUCAUCAAGUCGGGUGCAUUUCGGAGGAGCUUCAUGAAUCUUGGAGCGGGGCGAGGCAUUUGCUGGGAAUGCUGUGCAGGGCUUCCAGGUUUUGAGUUUGAGCAAUGCGGUGAGUCUCCUACUUGGGCUGCCACAGUUGGAUUGGUUCCUCCCUGGGUUCAAGGUGAAGAAUCCCCUUUGCUUCGAAUUCCUUGUCAACCCAGUCUACCCCAUGGUUUCUGGAAAAGGGACCCAUUCCAUGCAUUCAAGCAAACCCUUGGUGGACAUUUUGGUGCCUCAACCAUCAUACUUUUUGCCAUUGACUUCGCUCUCUGGAAAAUUCCAGGUCAAAGCUCUGAUGUCGACAGCAUGCUGGAGCGAGCGUUUGGGGACUUCCGGUACUUUGUGUGCCAUGAGUGGCGUGGAAAUGUAGUGAAUCACACCAAGGCCUUCACAAGGCAAACCCUGCACUUCCCUGACUACAAGAAGUUUCCCUAUGCUAGGUGGAAGGGGUCGGAUCAAAUGUUGAUCAUUCGCUGGCUGAGGAAUGUAGUCUUGAAUGGGGUUGUUCUUCCUGAUUCUAUCACCAGGGAUGGACAAAGUCUCCUGUACUUUCCCCCAAAGGAUUGGCAGGCUCCUUUCUUCAAAGGGGUGUUGGAUGGAUGCAAUGCGUCAAUCAUUUUCUUUCAUACCUUGCACCGGGAGGGUGUUUGGUGGAGUAGGGGGCUGGCAUCCGAGAUGUCAGCUGAGUGCCGCAAAUUUUGCGUCAGUUUUGGUGACUUAGCGCGCCUUUCCUAUGAGAGGGGCAUUGCUAGGUGGUGCUUCACCUCGUUACACCGCCAUGCCCUUUGCUCCGAGUUGCGGCUUCUCCCCGCCCUGCAGUUGUUGGUUUUGGAGGAUCCAGUUUCCAAGGAGGAACUGGAAGACGUGAAGGCCACGAAGUGUCUCCUGCUUCAGCCCAAAGACAUCCAAACCUUUGCCAGGCAAGGCGCUGGCUCAACGUUUGCUGAGCCGCCUAUGGCACAGCCGCAUCGUUUGGGCAAUUUGAUCUUUACAUCUGGUACCACCGGGAAUCCCAAGGCUGUACGUCGUAGCCAUGAAGAGCUCUAUGCGAUCCUCUGGCUGUACGCCAAGUCAGCUACUCCAGAUCGUCCGUGCCAUUUGGCAUACCAGCCGUAUUCGCACAUGAACGAACAACUUGGCUCUGCAGUGGUUUUCCUCCAGGGAAGUUGCAUUGCGUUCUCAACUCCGGAAACUGCGCAUGCAGAUGCCAAGGCGGUUGAACCAACUGCGAUCCAAGGAGUCCCACGAUUCUACGAGCCUCUUCUCGACGCGUAUGAGACCAAAGAGAUGUCCUUGGAAGAGCUCCGUGGAAGCUUGGGCUCACGCCUCCAGCGUCUGUCAGUGGGCUCUGCGCCAGUCACUUCCAGGUUGCUGGAGUUCUUGAAGAUGUGCUUUGAGUCGGAGAGCUGCAGCAUCUCGACCACCAAGCCUAUGCUCCCGGAGGGCGAAGCCGCAACAGGUCAGCCGCCCCAGUUGGCUACGCUGAAUUCACUGGACGAUGUGGUCGCCUUUGCAGCGGUGGAUGCAGAUCUAUGGGCGCUGUUUGCCAAACAUCUUGGCAAUCCACCCAGUGUCCGGAUCUUGGCCAUGGUCCCAGCCUCCGUCCUGCAGAAAACAAUUUUGGGCCUGCGGAUCCCCUCUGGUGCCGCCCCGGCGGAUGGCAGUCCGCCUCCGACACGCGAUCCCAACGUCACCGAGACGAUCCAGAUGGCGUUGGUGUGGCGGGUAGCCAGGCAGGCCGUGGGAUUGGAGGACCUGGACCCUAUGUUGCCAGGAGCAGAGUCCUCCUCGGCGAUCAGGGCCGCUGUUGGGGCAAGUCCACCAGUGAGUGGAAUGCCACUGGCAGCCCCGACUUUGGCUGCACAGAACCAGCCGUCACCAAAGAAGGUGAAGUUGUCAAAUGUGUUGGAUCAGACGGACGACACAGAAGUGGCAACAAAGACAAGGGCAGAGAUGGGCAUCUACUACGAGAACCAUCGGGAAAUCACUGGUGCGGACCCAUUACCAGAAGUGGAGCCGACCGAUCUCCAGGUCGCAGCGAUGGAAGACAAGGUCGUGGUGAGGGACGAAAGCCCUUACGCAGACUUCUCCAUCCGGACACCCUUUGGGAGAAGAAUACAACGAGCCAUGAAAACGAAAAGUUACUCCUUUCAGCCGGAUGGCACGUGGAAAGCGGCCGAUAUUCCGGGACCGCCUCACUUUCAGGCGUGGCAAGCCUGCUUCAGGGUUUACCGUGCAGUGCUAUUCAUGCUGCGCUACAAUGCGACGGCGGCACCAGCCGGGGGAGCGCCAGUGAGCGCUACCCGAGGCAUGGUGACGAGGAGGCCGCUGGUGGUUCAACCCCACUCCCUCGAGCGAUACUUCGAGGCGUUCAAGGAGCUCUGUCAAGAGUUUCCAGAGUGCUGGCACCUACUAAUGCCAGCCGAAGAUCGAAUGAGAGCCGAAAGGGUCGAACACAUUCGAAGGAACCUGCAAAGAGCGCACAACGAAGGCAAAGUGCCGUUGGAUGUGGACUUCAACCCCGGAACCCCUUGGGAUGGAGUGUUUCAAGCAGCGGCGUUGGAUCACCAAUACUGGGAUUCCAAUGUCAGGAGGCCAGCGGUUGCCUUCUUGGCAAGGAUGGGGAGCCAAUUGCAACCAACUCUCGAGCCAGUGUCAGAGGGGGCAAAAGCAUCGUCGGCAAAUGUGGAAGCGGCCUUGGGUGCAACAGCUCCUUUGGGACCGACGUCGCCAGCCAACAAGAAGACGAAGAAAAGAAAGAAGGAGAGUCCAGGAGAAUGUUCAGACAAAGAAAAGAAGCAAGCCACGAAGCCCAAGGUGGAGGACCGUUUUACAAACAAAACCCAUUCAAAGAAAUGGGGAGGUCUCUUCCACAGCACGCCAGAGGGGCGAGAGCUGUGUUACACUUGGGCAAAAGGAGCUACACCGGACGCUUGCUCGGAGCCCUGUGCGGCAAACCGAGCGCACAGAUGUCAGAUCUGUUUGGGUGCACACCAAAAUCGGGAGUGCAAGAAGGCGCCCAGUGUUGGCGUUCGGCGCUUCAGAUUUCUGGAGCUGUUUGCCGGGCAAGCGGGAUUUUCGGGGGCCGUCGAAUUGGCUGGUGGAGAAUUGGUCGAAGUUAUGAACCACCAAGACUCUUGGACCACAAGCUGGGAUAUCUUGGUGGACGAGGAUUUCGAAAGGGCACGAGCAUGGGUCAGGGAAGCAGACCACACCCACUUGGCGCCUCCAUGCAAGUCUUUCACAAAGGCACGGAGGUCGGACAAGUUCGGUGCCACCAAAGUUGUUCGGUCACAAGCACAGCCAGAGGGCUGGGGAGACCCGUUGACUGUGGAAGGCAACAAAAUCGUCGAGAGAGCGGCGGUCCUGUUAGACGAAGCUCAGGCGGCAAGAAACACCGCCUCACUGGAGAACCCAGAGGACUCGUUCAUUUGGGAACAACCAACGUUAGAGAGGCAUAUGAAAAGAAUGAGAAAGGUGGGGCUCGACCAAUGCCCGUAUGGGGCAGAGACCAAAAAGCCGACAGGUAUUCUUACAGACGCAGCUUGGAUGGUGCACGUCUGUGCCAGGUGCGUGGACGCACGGCCCCACGAACAUAUGCCAGGAGGGCUGGCUGGAAAGACCCUGGACUAUUUCUUCGAUCCUCCCAGGGAAGUGUGGAAAACUGCUUUGGCAGCUGAGUACCCCACUGGACUCUGCUGGGCAUGGGCACAGUCACUUGUCCGCUUCUGGAAGACGGAGGAAGGACGGGUGACAUUGCAAAAGAAAGCCAUCAAAGUGGAAGGGAACGCACUCAGAGCGGUGCGGCCAGAGGUACAGUCAAAGCAGCCAGCAAGCAAUCGAGAAAGGAGAGAGAUGGAAAACAACCAGGCAGUAGGGGGGCUGAGGAAUCCCUAUGGCGCCAUCCAGAGCAAAGCCGCAGCGUGGAAGCUGGGCGCCAGUGUGCGUCAUGUGCUCUUGGGGGUCAUCAAGGAGAACACGCGGGAGUUGCAGGCACUGGCAUCGGGGGCGCCAUUUGCAGGCUUUCGCGAAGACACUGUGGAAGCGGCAGCCAGUGCGCUGUCAUCGCUGGCAGGAGUAAAACUGGAAGCCCCCUCUCCGAUACGAGUGACUCUCUUGGAAAGUUUGUUGAAUAUGAGCCACGACCCAGAGAAGGAUGUGGCAAAUUGGCUGAGAGAAGGUUUCCCGCUGGGAAUAGAAAAGGAGCUUGGAGUCAACAACGUGUUCCCAAUGACAGAGGGGGAUACAAAAGCUGUGGAACUAUCAAGACAGUUUCCACUGCUUACCGACUGGUGCGAUGUAGACCAAGCAGAAAACUACAAGUCCUUUCAGGAGGCAGGGCCGGCAGCCCUAGAAGAAUUGGAGCGCGUGGCCGAAGCGGGCUAUGCAACACGCUGCAACUCAUGGGCCGAGGUUUUGAGGUCGGCGGGAGAAGGAGCCUCACUGACCAGGCUAGGGUGUAUUCAGAAACCCAAGCCGGGAGGGGGCGUGAAGACCCGAUUGGUGGUCGAUUGCCGCCGAUCUGGCAUCAACGGGUUGAUGUGCAUCAGGCUGGCCGCAGACCUGGUGAGGCUCUCGCAGGCAGCCUGCUGUGAUACCGCCCGCAUACAGUGCUAUGUGGACGAUCCCCUACUCGUGGUCAAGGGACCAAAUGCCUUGGCCAGGUCAGUGAACCUGGCGAUACCCCUCCUGCUGUGGCAGGCCUUGGGUUGCCAACUGAGUUGGAACAAGAUGCAGCUAGGGAUCACCGUGCAGUGGAUCGGGUUCCAGCUGCAGCUGAAAGACGGCUGUUUGGUGGCGCAGCUCUCGCCAGAGAAGCUGGAAAAGCUCCAAAGGGCUCUGGAAGAGGUCACAAAGCGCGCCAGGGAACGCAAGAACUUGGUGUUCAUGAAGCAGGUGUACUUGGCGCUAAGCAGGCUGUUUGGGCCCCAGAUCGCAAGUCAGGCCGUGCACCUGACGACUGAUAACACAGGCGUCCUGCAUACGGCUCUAAACCUUCGGGCCUCCUCACCAGGUAUGGUAGCCGUAGCCGCAGAGCUGGCCUGUGUGCUUCGUCAAUUUGACAUUGACCUGCGGCAAGGAAACCAUGUCCGUUCGGCCGCCAAUUACCUGGCAGACGCCCUGAGUCGGCUGUCCCGCGGUGCGGCUGUGCCCGCACUUUUGGUGCCUGUGACGCGCCUUGAUUUCAAGAGAAACCUGGUGGUAGUCUCCUACCUGGCGGCAGCGCUGUUCGGUGCAGCAGCGAAGGCAGAUCUGGUCGCUGAAAGAUUCAGCUCAAGGCAGAAAGAAGUGACGGCGUCCCGUGAAGACUACGCCAAUGGGCCAGUGCGCCUUCCCAAGAACGAUGGCUUCGAUCCGUGGUCGGCCUUGGCCCAGAGGGUAUGUCGGCUCUGCUCCAGGAAGCCAGUAAUUGGGUACUGCAACAGGUGCGGUAUCGAACUGUGUGGGGCGUGCAUUACAAGAAUGCAUACAGCACCCUUCAAGUGGAUCUGCCUGGAGUGUGCCUGCGGGUCAGACGAGUCCGAAGAGCAGGCGAAGCUAGUAGUCUCCUGCCAAAACGAGGAGGUUGGAAAGAGAAGUGCUAUGCUAGCGCAGCCUGGGAUGGAAACAGAGAAUGACUUGGCGGGUGCACUGGCAGAGAGGAUCUUGGGUGACAAAGGACGCCACCUCGAAAUGGCCUGGUGGGCCGAGGUAAAGCGGAAGGAUUGGGCGCUUCACGGAGAAAGGCCAGUGAUGCCCUUCUCAGUGAUGAAAGCCUAUGCCGCAGCCAAGCCCCCGGGAAAUGAUGAUGAGGCAAAAGACGAAAUGGGGCUCCCGUCAGCCGGAAGUAGCGACCUUUACCCGCACGGGGGGGGGAGCACAGCGGCGGAAGCGAGCAGGCCAGUGGUCAAAGCGGAGCCCAAAGAGGACGAUGCUGCCUUGUCAGAUGACGAAAGCAAAAGUGUAAAGAGGAGGAGAACGCUGUCCAGCGAGGGGCACCGCGUGGAGCCGGUGGAGCUCAGGGCGCCUACCACCCCGGCGGGGACCCCAGCCGCGAGGACCACGGGCCCUGUGGUGGCACCGCCGAAAACAAGGGCGAGGGGGUCGGCGGCAAAGGCUUUGGUGGUCGCCGCCUCGGAAGAUUUGAUGAAGCAGGCGAGAAUCAACUAUGGGGAGCUGGUCUAUGCGAAGUCAACAGCGAUUGCCAAAGAAAGCAAGGCCAGGUUGGUGGUACAGAUCGCUGAAGCAAGAAACUUGGAGCCAUUUCCACUUACCCCUGCAGUGAUCGGGGAAGUGGCCGUGGUCCUGCGAGCGGCCGACUUCGCCUCGGGGGCGACGUACCUGGCGGAAGCAAAACAGGUGCAUCUGAGAAAAGGUUACCAAUGGGACGCAUCAGACCUGGCGAUGCAAGAUGCAGAGAGGGCUCUGACCAGAGCACUUGGCCCUGUGGUGAAGGCCGAAGAGAUACCCCCGAAGCUAUGGAGAGUAUGGCAGGAGGCAGGUCGGCAUGGCUUCACUAGAAGCCAGAUGCAGCCACAAGCAGGGCCGGAGCUUUGGGGAAUGGGUUCUGCGUUCCUGCUGCGAGAAACAGAGCUCGCACACCUCUUGAUGGGGUCUGUUGCACUAGACCUGGAGAGAAGAGAGGUCACGUUGCUCCUUUCUAUGUCAAAGACUGACCCGGGAGGAAAGGGAGCGAGGCGCACAAGAUCGUGCGUUUGCUCGUGGCCGCCGGAAGAGGAAGGCGAAAUGGACUGCCCCUUUCACGCCACGGUGAAGGUCAUGGCGGGAAGAACCAAAGUUCUUCGGGGCAUGGGCUACCAGGAAGAGGAGUUGAAAGAGUUUACCGUGGUUGGACAAGUCGGGUGUCCAGCCCUGAUGGUAAGCAAAGAGGCAAUGAUUGCGGCUCUGAGAAAGGAUGCCGAGGAAGCCUGCAAGUCAGUCAAUCUUGCAAAGCACAGACUGACAGCCCUGAACUUUGAAAGGGUAACGGGCCACUCUUUAAGAAGGUCAGGGGCCAAGGACGCUGUCAAGAGGCAUGGUCUCCCGUUAGCGAUGGUCCAAUGGCUCGGCCGUUGGGGAUCCAGUGCGGUCCAAGGCUAUGUGGAGGACGCUUUAGAGGAGAUGCCCGAGAACAAAGUGGCCUUGACUACGUGGGAAGGAGUGACAGCAGUGAGUGGGUUGGCAACCCGCUCAACUGGGUCACCCGGUGUGGUGGCUGCAGAUGGGCUGCCGCGGGAAGGUUAUGGCGCCACUGAAGUGGGACCCAUCGCGCGCAAUGGGCGGAUCAAUCCCAACGUUGAGGUCAAGAUUGUGCCAUGUGCUGAGCUUGGCCAUGAAGAAGGAGGAAGCAUUGGAGAGAUCCGAGUCAGAUGCAGGAAUGAGCGAGUUCAGGCUCGAGGAUAUGUUGGUGCCUCCCUAAAUCUGGAUGAGGAGGGCUACUAUUGCACAGGUGAUAUUGGACGCCUUGAAGAGGGGCAGCUGGAACUACUAGGCCGACGCGGCAACAUGACCAAGUUGGCUAAUGGCCUGUUCGUGUCAGCUGAGGGUCUGGAGGAAAAAUAUGUGAGUUUCCUCAAGGAGCUGGACCAAGUGUUCAUCAUGGCAAUUCCAUCCGACAGCACCGUUUCUGCUGCCUGCGUUCAACGUGCGUGGAGUCAACUGACUCAAAGUCAGUUGCUGUUAUCAAUGCAGAAAGCUGCUCGGGAGAAUGGCUUGGCAGCCCAUGAGGUAGUAAGCGAUAUAUAUCUGGAAGCGCAUCCCUGGACAGUCUCGAACGGUGGAUUGUUGGAUAAUCUGAAGCUCAAUCGCAGAGCCCUGAUGGAACGGUAUGGCCGGAAGAUGGGAGCAGUGCCAAAGGAUUCCAUGGAAAUUGUCCGGCGCUGUGCUGAGGCGCUGCGGCGCGGGGUGCAGCUCCCAGUGGCUGAGCCAGAGGUUUUGGAGGCGGAUUUGGCUGCCAUGCCGGUGAACAUGGAGGGCAAAGGCACUCAUCCGAAAGGUGCCCAAAAAGCGAAGCUUCAGCGUUUCUUUGUCACUGGCGGCACUGGAUUGCUGGGACGGGAACUGAUUGAUGAGCUGCUGGCCAGGGGCAAGGAAGUGGUAGCCUUGGUGCGAAAGCCUUCGCCCAGUCUGCCAUCCAAUGUGGAGCAGGUUGUGGGAGACGUGUCGCAGGUCAAUCUCGGUGCAGAUUUGUCGAGCCUGGUCUUUGAUGCAGUGUGGCACUCUGCAGCAGAAGUGAAUUGGGCCCUGAGCUAUGCAGAGCUCCGGAAGAGCAAUGUGGUGGGCACCUGGCAAGUGGCUCAACUUUGUGCAGAGAGAGGUGUGCCGUUGUUCUUCGUCUCGACCAUCUCCGUGGCGGGACAGGGUGAAGAGCUACAGCCACCUCAGGCGAUGUCCAAUGGAUAUGUUCUGAGCAAGUUGGCAGCGGAGCGCUUCGUGCACAGAGCAUUCCGCAAUGGUUUGCAGGGUGCGGUUUUCCGCCCUGGCAUGCUUUGGGGGAACUCCACCACAGGUCGCUGCCAUCCCAACUUCUUUCCUACUCGCUUUGUCACCAGCUGCUCUCGUCUUGGCUGUGCUCCUGAGACGGGACUUGCAUGUGAUGUGACUCCGGUGGACUACGCUGCCAAGGCAAUGAUUGAGGCUUGUCUUCGACAAGAUCUUGACCAAGUCCACAACGAUAGACUGCACAUCUUCCAUAUCUUCAACCCUCGGAGUCCCAGUUAUGCAGAGAUGGCAAGGCUGAUGGGUUUGGAGCCCGUGACCCUGGAAGACUUUUGGAAGAAAGUAAGGGCUGAUGCCCAAAAUCCAAUGGCCCCGCUUGACCCAUUACUGCAAGGCCAUCUACCUUGUGCCAGUGACUGGGGAGACGAAAGUUUGCGCCAGGUCCUGGGGGAUGACUAUGCGCCCCCAGAGGUCACGAAGGAGCUUUUGCAAGUGUAUCUGAAGUAUUGCCAGUGAGUUCAUGAACCAGCUCUGCGUGAUCGCCUCCAAUCGACCAGCAGUUCUCCGAGAUUGCACCCGCUUCCAGCUCUGGGAAGCCGAUUCGCAUCAGCCAGAUCCAUCCAGAUCCAGGAGAUCGAGGAAUAUCGAGUCCGCCACGAGGAGAAAGACAAGCAGAUUGCAGAAAUUGCAUGGCAGAUAUGGCAGAUAUGGCAGUGCGGCUGGCAACCUCCCAGAAAAGGACAAAAAGAUAAUAAAAGAUACCAGAAAUGCCGGUCAGAUCCGGUCAGUACAAUGAUGAUAUGAUGUAAAAGGUCAUGCGCUUGGAAAAUCUUGGAAAGCAAGGUGCAGUCAGAAAAUGCCGAAAAAGCUCGUCAGUGGUCACACUGAAGCGUCCACAAGCAUAUACAAAUGGUUUCAUUUUCCGAGCAGCAGCAGC